AUGCGCCUCAGCUUCCCGAACCUCCUGGUGACGGCUGCACUUAUAUCGGCGGGCGCCGUCUUGUCGCAAGACAUCCCCUCGGAUGUACCCGUCUCGGCCCUCCUGACCUCGGCUCAGGAGCAUCUCACAAAGGGCGAGACCAACGAGGCACUGGCCUACUUCGAUGCGGCCAUCGCUCGCGACCCGACCAACUACCUGUCCUUCUUCAAGCGGGCGACGACGUACCUGUCACUCGGCCGCGCAAACCAGGCGACCGAGGACUUCGAAAAGGUGCUCUCCCUGCGGCCUGGCUUCCCGGGCGCCCACCUCCAGCUCGCCAAGAUCAAGGCCAAGGCCGCCGAAUGGGACAGCGCAAGAGCCGAAUACGCGGCGGCGGGCGAAGGGCCAGAGUCUCCCGACGUGCAGAGUCUGAAUGCGGCCGAGGCGGCGAUGAAGCUGGCCUUUGCCGCCGAGAAGGCUGGCCAGUGGGAGGACUGCGUCAACUAUGCGGGAGAAGCCAUUGUCGUCGCCUCGCGGUAUACCCCGUUGCGCGAGACACGAUCCCACUGCCGCUUUGAGCGAGGCGAGCUGGAAGAAGGCAUGGGCGACCUCCGCCAUGUGUUGCAGAUGCGGCCCGGAGACACCACUCCCCAUGUCGUCAUCUCGGCCGUCUCGUUCUACAACCUCGCCGACUUGGACGCUGGCGUCGGCCAGAUCCGCAAGUGUCUCCAUUCCGACCCGGACUCCAAGGUCUGCAAGAAGCUGCACAAGCAGGAAAAGGCCGUGUCAAAAGCAUUUACCAAGGCGUCGAAUUCGCUGAACAAGGGACAAUUCACAACAGCGAGCAGAGCGCUGGUAGGGACAGAAGAGGGCCCUGGCCUCCUCCAGACCGUCCAGCAACAGGUCGACGAGUUGCGCCAGGAGGGAAGAAUACCCAAGAAGGGGAGAGUCAUGCUGUACGAACAGCUGGUCGACAUGGUUUGCCAGGCCUACGUGGAGUCAACAAGCAAGCAUGCGGAUAAGUAUUGCGAGGAAGCGCUGAAGCUGAAUGAGGAGUCGUUCUGGGGUCUCUUGCACCGCGCUAAGGCGCUGCUCAAAAAGGAGGAGUUUGAGGCAGCCAUCCAGACGCUGGAGAGCGCGGCAAACGCGCAUCCGGACAAGAGAGACAAGGUCAACCCGCUGCUCAACAAGGCACAGAUCGAGCUCAAGCGCAGCAAGACAAAGGAUUACUACAAGGUUCUCGGCGUGGCCCACGAUGCUGAUGAGAAACAGAUCAAGUCGGCAUACCGCAAGGCGUCCAAGCAGUACCACCCGGACAAGGCGAUCAAGCAGGGCGUCACCAAGGAGGAGGCGGAGAAGAAGAUGGCGGCCAUCAACGAGGCGUACGAGGUGCUGAGCGACCCCGAGCUGCGGGCGCGGUUUGACCGAGGCGACGACCCCAACAACAACGAGCAGCGAGGCAACCCGUUCCAGGGCUCGCCGUUUGGCGGCCAGCACUGGGCGUUCCAGCAGCCCGGCGGCGGUGGCCAGCAGUUCAAGUUUCAGUUCAACAACGGGCCGUUUGGGUUCUAA